CAAGUUCAGUCUGUUCCUUCUACUCUCUGCACUUUGAAUGCAAACCAAAAUUGUACUCGUGCGUGAAGAUUGUAAAAUUGAUUGAGAUUACAGAUUACACACGUUUGUCAAAUUAUUAGUCGUAUCAGGUGGAUUUUAUUUAAUCAGGUUUUCCUUCCAUCCAGGUAGAGAGAUUGAGCAAUUUUAUUGAAAGAUACAACUAAGUUAUAAAAUAUCACAAAUUCAAAAUGAAGAGUCCAGUAAUAGCAAAUUUACAACUGGUUGCGGCCUCUUGGCUGACAGACGCCUUGCUCGAAGACCAGCGUAUGUGUGGAUCGUUCUCUUUGGCGAAUUUGACAUUGUCCUGUGAUGACGGCAGUGUUCCCGUGCAUCGAUGCAUUUUCACAAAUGCAGUUCCUGGACUUUUUGACUUGCUUAAAGAGCAGGAUCUAUCAGAACCCUCCUUUAUCCAUUUUGAUGGAUAUUGCCUUAGUACAAUUUUUCACUUCGUAGAACUCAUCUACACUGGAAAUACAGUCAUUCCCAAGGACAAAGAACAUCUCAUAGCGUUACAUAAUCUUAUGGAAAUACUGGAAUUUCCAAAGAAUAAUGUGGAGAUGAAGGAACCGAGAAUCAACCCUCCUGAAAGCCAAGUUAAUUUGAGAUACACCAGAAAUAACGAGAUGCAACAAAUUGAUGAAGAAAACGACGAACAACUUAAUGUUAAUGAGGGGAGAAUGGAAGAGAAUAAAGAAAACAAGGAUAAUGGCAGAAAAGUCGGUCGAAACAUGCGCUCAGCUCCCGCAAAACAUGGAGUUCGCCCUCUGCCUCGUCCAGCACCUGGUCGUAGACAAACAAGACUUUCCAGUGUUGAAAGUACGGAAGCAUCAACAUCAUCAGCUACGUCGAUGGAACAUAUUUCAAAAGCUGUCAUUGCCCCAAGAGUGGUUGCGCAGAAAUUGGUGAAUAGUUGGACAAAAUCAACAGCAUGUACAUCUUGCUUAUUGAAAUGCAAAACUGAAAAAGAUCUUGUUGACCACCUUAUCCUCGAAUGUGCACCAACACUCAAAGACUUCUUUAAUUACGACAAAAAAUGUUGCAUGGUUUGUGGGGAGAUUAAUUUUUCAAAUAUUUGGGAACUGAUAACCCAUGCUCAAGCCUGUGGGCUCAUCUUGAAAUCGUGCUCUGCUGGUUCAAGUAUGAAUAGCGAAAAUGAGGUCGAACUGACAAAACCUACACUCCGGAGCCAGUCAAAGAAACGUCGAGGUAGACCAGUGAAAUCGGUGGUUAACAAACGACGAAAAGUUAUACAAAAGGAAAAUGUUAUCAAACCCAAAGAACCUGAAGUUCAUGGUGGUAGUAGUAAUCAAUGCGAGGACUCAUCUGCUGAUAUUCCUAACGGCAAAAAUACUUUAAGAAAAGGAAUAAAAAAGUGGAUGCAGUCUCGACCAUCUACAAACUCACGACCACGACGUCAUCACAAGGUCGAAACCGACGAAACCAUAAAUUCACCAUCUGUAACUACACCGUCCAAUGCUCCUCCAGUAGGUCAGCCCAAUUCACCUGAAGUAAUUCAGCCACCAAAUCCACGUGAAGUAAUUCAGCCACCAAAUCCACGUGAAGUAAUUCAGCCACCAAAUCCACGUGAAGUAAUUCAGCCACCAAAUCCACGUGAAGUAAUUCAGCCACCAAAUCCACGUGAAGUAAUUCAGCCAGCCAAUCCACUUUCAGAAGUUCUCGAACCUACCCGUAAUCAAGAGCCACCCUUCCCAUUAGAAUUUGCCAAUGGUGAAUGGAAAUUUGUCAUGGAACAAAAACGUGGAGACGUAAUGUAUGGCGUUUACCAGAACAGAGCCGGCAAAAUAAUGGGAGUCCCUGCCAGUCAGGCGAAAGGAUUAAAGUAAUAUUGGUAAAUAAUUGUAUUUAAGAAGUUAUCUAAAUAAUAAUCUGUUACCACCAAUGAGUUAAUAUUUUUUUAUACCCGAAAACUAAAUCUAUUCAGCCAACCUUUAGAAAUAUUUUAGAAAUUGUAGUACAUAGUCAAUUGUUUAUGUUGAACCACUAUGACAAGAAUAAUAAGUAUUUUUAUUCUAAUUA